AUGAUAUAUGAAAAUCGAUUAAUAAACAUAUCUCAAAGAUAUAACAUGGCGCAGUUGAAAAUUAGUGAUUUGGUGACUCCAAUCGACCUAAACGCAAACUCUUUGAGUGAAGAAUGGAAGAGAUUUAAGAGUCAAAUAAACUGUUUGUUUGAAAUCAACGAAAUUAACAGCAAAAACGACAAAAUCAAAAUUUCAUAUCUGACGUUACUCAUUGGAAAUGAUGCAGCUGACUUGUUCGAUCAUCUAGGAUUGUCUGAAGAGGAUAAGAACUGUUUUGAAAAACUCAUCGAUGGUUACGAAAAUUGCUUUAGACUGAAAACAAGCAUUUAUGUGAAUCGAAUGAAGUUCUAUCAAGCGUUCCAAGACGAUACAGAGACAUUUGUUCAGUUCGUGUCAAGAGUUCGAAAGUUGGCUUAA